CCCAGAAGAAGAAUAUAAAUAAAGCACAUCUAUCUUCUUUCUCUAUUUAAUUGCCUCUUUCACUUCAUUUUCAUACACUAACUUCCAGUCUCUUCUAAAAAGCUUUGCCUUUUUCAAUCAUGUCAAGCUGCAUCAACAGUGCACAAGAGCAGCUCUGCUAUAUCCCCUGCAAUUUUUGCAAUAUUGUUCUUGCGGUGAGUGUUCCAUGCAGCAAUAUCUUUGACAUCGUGACCGUCCGAUGUGGUCACUGCAGCAACCUCUGGUCUGUGAACAUGGCUGCAGCUUUCCAAUCUCUCUCAUGGCAGAAUUCUCAGGCAUCAAACCACACCCACAGUGGGCUUGCAGCUGAUCAUUACAGAGCUGAAUUGGGUUCAUCAUCAAAAUGCAACAACAAAAUGAAGAUGAGAGCUCCAAUUAGAAACCCUACAAAUGAUGAUCAAAGGAUCAUCAAUCGAGCUCCCGAGAAGAAGCAGAGAGUACCUUCUGCAUAUAAUCAGUUCAUAAAAGAGGAAAUCCAGAGGAUCAAAGCAAAUAAUCCAGAUAUUACCCACAGGGAAGCAUUCAGUACUGCUGCUAAAAAUUGGGCACAUUUCCCACAUAUUCAUUUUGGCCUCAUGCUGGAAACCAACAAUCUCCAGACUAAGACGAAGAGCGAUGGAUCUGAGAAGCAUCUGAUGUCAGUGCCAGGGCUGCACUAUUGAUGGAGGAAAUGAUGGGUUUGGAGAACAUGAUCUAAGCCAAAAACAAGAACAAAUUGGGUAAUUUCAAGUGAUGAAAUUAACAGCCAUGCAUAUGUUUGCUUUGAUUUCUAUGUUUAUUUGCAAUUACUUUAUUGGUUAUUAGGGGAAAUGUUUGCCUAAAUUAUGAACUGAAAUUGUAAUGUGUCUGAUUUUAAUAUGUAUGUAUCCCGGUUUCUUGGGAAAGUAAGUUAAUUAAUAGAAUAUCAUGUUUCUAAUA